AGAAAAAAAAAUCUUCGCAAAAACUAAACCAGCGACUCAAAAAGUCAGCAGCAGCAUCAGCAGCUCCUCCACGCCCAUUUGAUUGAGGAUAUUUCUCUAUUUCCGGCGGUUGAGUAAGCUAUCUUCAAAGCAAUGGCAGCCACGGCCUCCACCGCAGCGGCCACCGCCGCCCUGAGACCUUGCCUGGCUGCUCCCCAACCCACUCGCCGCCCCGCCAUGCCGCUCCUCCCUCCUCGCCUCGCCUCCCCGUCUUUCCCCACUUCCCUCAAUUUGUCUUUAGAGUUUCGUAGAUCUUCUCUGCUUCAAACCCGGGCCUCGUCUUCGGAAGAAUCAUCUGCUGCUGAUGCGUCUGAGCUCUUUACAGACUUGAAAGAAAAGUGGGAUGCCCUUGAGAACAAAUCCACAGUACUUCUCUAUGGAGGCGGGGCGAUAGUUGCUGUUUGGCUAUCCUCAAUUCUUGUUGGUGCAAUCAACUCAGUGCCAUUGCUGCCAAAGAUCCUGGAGUUGGUAGGACUUGGAUAUACAGGGUGGUUUGUGUACCGAUAUCUACUCUUCAAGUCAAGCAGAAAGGAACUAGCUGAUGACAUUGAAGCAUUGAAGAAGAAGAUUGCUGGGACCGAAUAAGAAUGUGUGUUAUCGGUCGCCAUAUUCAACAUGCUUAGUUCCUCUUAUUAUCAUUUUGUAUUCUAUUCUCCUACCCUUAUGAGAGGCAAUCUAAAUCAUGUAAUGUGGAAUAGGUCUUGCUUUAAAUCUUUGUAACUUGUGUACCUUUUCAUUGUAUGUGUAAUAAGAUUUGUCAAGUUCUUUAGAUGGAAACCCCUUUCUCAA